AUGUGGGAUAUCGUCAGAGAGUCCGCCCUGGGACAAUUACUGCGACUAUUCUCAGUGCGGGGCGGGCUAUCAUAUCCUGAAGAGACCCAGGAUUUCAAGCUUCCAUCAACCUAUAAUUCCGAUAUCGAUAAUGGAGAGAAUUCCUCGCGCAGCUCAAUCCGCGAACCCGAGAAAACGAACGAGCAAGACGCCAAUGAGGCAAAUGACUCCGCUGAUGUCGAAGCGGCACCGACAGUUCUCCAUCCAUACACCAGUCGCGAUCAAAGCCUUGCUCGAACCCAUACCAUUACCAGUGCAGAUGGGAUUGAGGCUGAAGAGAUUGUCCCCACUCGCACCAGCGACGGUUUGAUCUUGGUGACUUGGUAUUGUCCGAAUGACCCAGCCAACCCUCAGAAUUGGUCUUCUGGUAAAAAGUUGUUUGUCACGGCUCAGAUCUGCAUUUACACCUUCUCCGUCUAUAUCGGCUCGUCGCUAUAUGUGGCAAGCAUCCCCGAUGUGAUGGAAUUAUUUGGUGUAGGUGAAGUGACUGCGGCGCUCGGCCUUGCAUUGUAUGUCCUCGCAUACGGAAUUGGACCAAUCCUCUUUUCACCAAUGAGUGAGAUACCUUUGAUGGGCCGAAAUCUCAUCUAUAUCGUGUCUUACCUCAUCUUUGUCGCACUUUGUGUGGCAACAUCUCUGGUCGACAACUUUGCAGGUCUGCUUGUUCUCCGAUUCCUUCUUGGUUUCUUCGGCUCUCCUUGUCUUGCAACAGGUGGCGCAAGCUUUGGCGACAUGUACGCGCCUUACAAGAUGCCAUAUGUAAUCGCAUUCUGGGCCGGAGGGGCUACGCUAGGCCCUGCACUCGGUCCGGUAAUAAGCGGAUUUGCAGUAUCAGCCAAAGGCUGGAGGUGGAGUUCAUGGGAACUUUUGUGGCUCUCCAGCCCAAUUUUGCUGGUGUUAGCGAUCUUCUUGCCUGAAACAUCACACGACGCGAUCCUACUGCGGAGAGCCCGACGAUUGAGACAACGUACCUCACGCAGAGAUCUCAAAUCUCAGUCUGAGAUAGAUAUGGCCAAUCUCACUCUGCGUCAGAUUGCACAGGAGGCGUUGAUAAAACCGUGGCAAAUCAACGUCCUUGACCCGGCUGUACUCUUCACCACGAUCUACACUGCGUUGGUGUACGGAAUUUUCUAUUCUUUCUUCGAGUCAUUCCCGUUGGUAUAUCCAGUGAUUUAUGGCUUCAACCUCGGAGAGACGGGGCUUCCAUUCCUUGUUGUUUUGGUGGCGUUGGGGAUUUGUCUCUGUGGCUACUGCGCCUAUUUCUAUUACCAUGCAGAGCCCGCCAUGCGCAAUCAACCAGGGUUUGGAUCACCCGAAGCCCGUCUAGUCCCAGGACUUUAUGCAUCGUUUCUUGUUCCGGUUGGAUGCUUCCUGUUUGCAUGGACAACGAGGCGCUCAGUUCACUGGAUGGCGAGUGUGAUAGGUGUAGGACUCAACAUGUGUGGCACCUUCACGGUAAUGCAAUGCAUGUUUCUGUACCUACCUUUCACCUAUCCAAAGUACUCUGCGUCUUUGUUCGCAGCCAAUGACCUGGCACGAAGUAGUUUUGCCGCAGGAGCGAUACUUUUCUCUCGUCCAAUGUUUAUUACUCUGACGGUACCUGGUGGAGUGAGUCUCUUAGGCGGACUGACGGUGGUAUGCAUUGGAGGCAUCUUUAUGCUCUACUUCUACGGGGCAGCGAUGAGAGCACGCAGUAGAUUCGCAGUGGGUUAG